UGAAGCCGUUUCUCUUCCAGUGGAGUUUUGGGUUUGCUAGCGAAGACCUGGCCUUUGGUGAGGGCUCAAGGCUGCGGCGCCGGAAGUCCGGCGGGAAGUAGUUUCGCCUCCUCCUGGACGUCACCGUUACGUCUUGCGUGUCCUCAGGCUGACGCAGGCGCGCCUUUGUCAGCCCUCUGUUGAGGCACUCAUUGGGUCCGCUGCAGCCACGUCCCUCCCUCCGGAAGUGCGGACAUUUCCUCUUGGGCUUCGUGGUCGCUGGAGCUCACGCCUGGGACAAUGGUGUGCAUUCCUUGUGUCGUCAUUCCAGUUCUGCUCUGGAUCUACAAAAAAUUCCUGGAGCCAUAUGUAUACCCUCUGAUUUCCCCUUUUGUUAGUCGUAUAUGGCCUAAAAAAGCUAUACAAGAAUCCAAUGACAAAAAUAAAGGCAAAGUAGACUGUAAGGGUACAGACAUAAAUGGAUUACCGACAAAAGAACCAACAGAAACCUUUGAUAAAAAGAAGGACUAACACGUUUCCUCAAAGGAUUUCGUUGUUUUAAAAUGGACUUGAUAAUUGUAAUUGUCUUCCUUGUAAUUGUCUCUCACUUUUUUCUCUCAGACCAGAAUUCAGGAUAGAUAGUGUAGAUAUUUAACUGAUGCUAAUCAGGAAAUAACAUGGUAUGUAUUUUUCAGAUGUAUUUAGUUAUAUUUAAUGACCUCAUUCCUGCCUUUUUCAUUGAAGUAACUUUCGUUUCUAUUAUUGCGGUUUUCAUAAUAUGAAUAAAUGGAAGGUUUGUGCCAGUAGACAUCUUUAUUACUAAAUCAGUGCUUAGAGAUCCUUGGGCUCUUGCAUUCAUUCACAUGAAAAUGACUGCUGUUUGCUCUACUUUGGACUCUUCUAAUUCAAAUGAAGUACGUUUUUACUGUGCAACAGUGAGGUGAAAUGAAAGAUAGAGUUUUGGGAGACGAUAAUGAAGAAAAAAUUACUUUCCAACACAGUGGAGCAGUUUAUCUAUGAGAGUAGUAAUUACUGUUUCUAACUCUGAGGAAGAUAGAAGAGCCAGGGAUUAUAGAAUAAACUUCUUUGAGAAAUAAAACAUCUUUUACAUAAAUGUUCAAUGUAUAUUAUAAAAUUCUACUCUGUUGCAUUCCUUCUACUCUCAUAAACAUAUUAAAUAAUCAUUU